AUGGAGGGGCUUAACAAGAAGAUGGAAUACAAUCCCAUCUAUAUCCUUAUAGAUGAGCUAAAGUCACCUGAGAUAGAGAGGAAGAAGGAAUCCAUCAGGAACAUUACAACUUUGGCAAUAGUACUUGGGCCUGAAAAUACCAGGAAUGAGCUAUUGAGCAAUAUAACUGAGCUUAUUGAAGAGAAGGAGGUAGUACUGGAACUUCUAAGCAAGACUAUUUUUAAAGAUCUUCUGCACUUUAUUGGGGGAGUUAAGCAUGCCAGGUGCAUCUUUGAUAUCCUCCAUAAUUUAUCUACUAGAGAGGACGAACAGGUCAGAACCAAUGCUUUGGAGUUAUUCAAAUUUAUUAUCGAUGAAGCCAAGCCAAAAGCAGUACAGGAUGAUAUCUUUGAGAUCUCAAUGAACUUGUUAAAAGGUGAAUGGUUCACAAGUAAAAUAAGCGGUCUAGAACUUGCCAUUUUUAUGAUUGGAAAAGACAUUAGGGAGAACAAUAAACAGAAAUUGAUCCAGCAGAUAAUAGAUACAGCUACUGAUAAUGUAUAUCCUGUCAGAAAAGCGGUCGCUGUAUCGUUGCCAAAGAUUAUCGACCUAAUCCCAAUAUUUCCACAAGAAUUCAUCAAGCGGAUUGUCAAGGAGCUCAUCACUGAUAUGACAGAAGUCGUAAAAACCUGCUCUCUGGAAGGAGCUUUAUUAUUUAUCGAAAAGGUAAAAGACGACGAAGAUAUUCUAAUUUCUCUGUUCCCUUACUUCCUGGAUGGCUACACUGAUAGCUUCUGGGUGGUCAGGAAGUCAUUCAUAGAGAAUACCAAAAGAAUAAUGUCCUACUUCGGAGAUAUCAAUAUAACUCGGGAUCAGAUAGAGAAUCCCACUUAUGAACAGGCUGACCAAGAAGAUGAAUUUUUUAAGGAUAAUGCAUCAGACCAAGGAGAUGAUACCUUAGUAGAUGUCAGGAAGGAAAUCUGAACAACUCUGGAAGGACUCUUAGAGAGCGAUACUAAUAAAAUGACUAAGAAAUAUAUUGCAGAAAUGAUUCUAGACCUUUCUAAUUCGGAAGAACACAAGGACUUUAAAGAACUCUAUAUGCCGAUUAUAGAUAAAAUAUAUGCUAUGUUGAAGAACAUUAUUGAGGAGAAGGGACUUCACAAUUCUGAGGAUCGUUCUUUUGCAAUGAUUUUGCUGGCAGGUCUUUCCAAUCUUUCUAAGAUUUCAGAGAUCAUGCAAUAUAAAGAAUCGCUUCUAUUUUGAUGAAAAGAGAUGCUAGAGGUUAGCGAUUGGAGGGAGAAGUCAAGAUUUCUUCAAGAAUUCCCUAAAAUUGCUGGAAUUAUGGGUAAAGAUGAGUUUACUGAUGUCUUUUUGGAUCUCUUAAAGGAAAGCCUUUCUGACAGAAUUUAUAUUGUUAGGCAACAAGCAAUCGCUGUUAUAAAUAAAUUAACUUCUAUAUUUGGAGCUGAAUGGUUUCUGAAGACAGUUAUUUUUUAUCUUUAUGCAUUUAAGUCAGACCAGAACUAUUUACAUCGCCAGACAUCUCUAUUCUGAUUACAAAUACUGAGCACUAAUCUUAUCAAACAUUUCAAUCAAUAUUCUGGAAUGAAUCAGGAUCUUGUAAAACAAUUUGAAGGAAUGAUAGAUUUUCUGAUAGAAAACUGACAAGACAAGGUUCCAAAUAUCCGUUUCCUAGCAAUCCAGACGCUUGAUAAAUACAAGAGUAUCAUCCUAGAUAGCCCUGGCAUUGUCACAAAUACCCACUCAAUCCCUUCCUCAACUCAUCCCCAAUCCGAUACCAGGACCAAAGUCCUUCGCCAGAUCCGUCUAACAUUCAAAUCUGAAUCCGACUCAGAAGUAAAAACCUCAAUCAAAUCCCUUCAUUCCUUCCUCAAACCUCCAAAAUUUUCAAAAUAACUCCAAAAAUCCCACUUUUCAA